AUGGAAUCGCCGCAGCCAGGUUCAAGAGGGGCUGAAGCCCUUAAACAUAUAGCUCCUGGAUCAUCUAUUUCUGUUGCAUAUCACCCACUUUUUGGACCUUAUGAUGACCUCCUCCUUCUAGAGCUUGAUGAGAAACUUCUGCCAGAUGUUCUGCAUGAAAGGGUGGUUUUGAGAGGACAGCCUGAUGAAGAUGCAGUUCUUUGUACUCCAUCCAAAACCUAUGCUAUGAAGUUUGUUGGAACUUCUAAUUCUGUUCUGCUUGUACCACCAGCAAAUCAUUCUGAAUUUUGUGAAAAUCCACAAAAGAAUGAUAGUAAUAAUGAAGAAGAGAAAGUUGUUGCACCUGUAAUCAAAGUUGUAUUUGGUAAUAUGGAGCUCAUCGAGGCAGCCCCCAGACUUGAUAAACUUAAGUCCUUUCUGUCAGAAAAGCCUUACAAUUUUGAUGAGUAUGACGUGGGAAAUGUAGAAGACAAUCAGGAAUCUAGAAUAGGAUUAUAUAACUGGAAUGAUCUUGUAGGCAAUAUUCAAGCUAGUGAUGAGGAAUUAAGGUCUGGACUGCAGGCUCUUUCCGCUGUGGAGAUUAAUGGAUAUUGGAGAUUAGUAGAUGGGAGUUACAUGGACAUGAUUCUGGGAAUGCUUUUGAAAAAUUCCGUGUUGAAUGACUGGUCACUUAAUGCUUUAAAUGAAGAUGAAGUUGUGAGUACACUGGAAUCAGAUGGAUUUCCUGGUGUGCUAGCAAGACAUUGUUUGAAUGUAUAUGGCACCAAAGUAAAUGAAAGCAUGCCUGGCUAUGUUUGGAAGUUAGACGAGAAGCGAGUAUGCAUACAUUUUGCAAAAGAAAUCCUGAAAGGGGGUAAAAGGAAGUUAGAGAGAUUCAUGGAUGAAUGGAGGCAGAAGGUUCCAGAUGGAAUGCAGCCCACUUUUGAUCUUGUGGAAGGAGAGGUAUUAACAGAGAGAGUUGGAGUUGAGACAUGGAUUCGCCCCUUCAGUGUUGCAUCUUUGCCUUCCACUCCAGCUGACCGUUUCUCCAUUCUUUUCAGAGAGAGGCCAAAAUGGGAAUGGAAAGAUCUGCAGCCCUAUAUCAGAGAUCUGAAGGUGCCAGGUCUUUCUUCAGAAGGUUUGCUACUCAAAUACACUCGAAGGACACAACCAUCACCUGACGCAGAACCAGUUUUCAGCGCAAGAUAG